UUAACUGUCAGUGUUUGUAACGGUCGUUCUAUCCUAUAUAUAGCCAGGGCUUGCGAGCUAGCAUUGCAGCUAGCACAGCACUGUUGAAGCUGUAAUGGCGAUAACAGUAGAUUUAUUUCACUUGAUAAGUGCAGCAUUGUUUUAGGACAUUGGCGGUUGAAGGGAAGUCAAUCGUGAGUUGUUUCCCUAUAUCAGUCGGGGAGUGUAGGGCUAUUUUAGAGAAGCCAGUUGACCUUUUUAAGCUAGCAGCCUCUGUAGCAUAACAGUAAUAUGACGACGUGUUGUGUGACCAGCUAGCAAUGGUGCAAGGACGGGGGAGCAUCAUCAAGCCAGCAUAAGAAAAAGCCUUUAUGUUCAUCCGUCAACAAAUCAUGUCUCUCUCUCUGCACUGAACAUUAAAAUGUAGGUGUGACAACUGUAAAAGAUCCUGUGCGACAAACUUCCUUCAGAGAGCUGUAUACAACCUCCACAAAGAUGGAGGACUCUCCUCACCUAUACAUCUCAGAAUUUAUAGAGAAUGAGGACAUGGAUAAGAUGGACAUUAAUCAAGAGGAAACCAAUAUUGCAUCCGACAUGGUUAAGUCACCAUACCAGGACACUGAGAGGGACUCAAACUCUUUUCAAUGCCAGCACUGUGAGAGACACUUCACCACCAAACCAGGCCUGGAACGACACAUGCACAUCCACACCUCCGCAAACAACGAUGCUCACAAAUAUAAAACCAAUAUUUCACUAGCUUCGAAUCUGGAGCAGUUGCACCAUGAGAAGGUAAAGCCUCUGGAUUUAGCAGGCUCGGCCAUGCAGCUUCAUACUUCAUCCACCACUGGCUCUAAUACUCCCAUUUUGUCCUCUGGUGACCACAACGCUCAGCCAGACAAACCGGGAGUGUCAGAGGGGCGUCAUGCUUGCAAGUACUGUGAAAAGAUAUUCACUACACAUACCAACACGCGACGGCAUGAGCGAAGGAUCCACGAGCAGCACCUGCAAGUCACACAUGUGGAAAAAGCCCAUCUGCCCCAAGAGGAAAACGUUGAGGGGAUGUGCAGUGAAACAAACCAACAGGAAACAGAGCUUGUUGACAAAAUGGCACCUGCAGCUGUUCUGGAGAACGAAGUGGGACACGCAGAACAAUACAUGCUUGACAUUUCUAGCAAUAUUUCAGAGAAUCUUAGCUUUUAUAUUGAUGGAAGGAUAGUGUCAACAAGUACGAUCAGUAGCUGUGAAGCAGCUGAGGUUCAUUCUGGGUCUGCAACUUUAGUUGGACUGGACGCCCUGAUUCUAGACCCCACCCAAAUCAGCCAGGUGUUAAAUACAGAUUCAGAGAUGUCUGGUCAACCACUGGCCAGGAGAAGAACCGCCACACCUCCGCUUUUACCACAAAUUAAAACUGAACUGGAGUCUGACGUGGUUGUGUCUUCUUCCUCAUCUUCACUUGUAUGUUCUAUAAUAGAGAAUCUUUUUCCUCAGAAUACAGAGGGUACAGUGGUGCAGAAGGAAAGAACUGUGUUUCUGUCUCCAAAGCUGAAGCAGCUGCUGGAGAAGCAGGAUGGCCUUAAACUCGCACUCAUCGCAGACGGCCAGAAGCCUUUAUCACCCGUCUCUCUGUCUGUGCUGCCUGCAGGGACAGGACGGUUCAAAAGAAGGACUGGGUCUCCUCCACCGAGCUCUCCACAGCAAAGCCCUAGAGAAGAAACGGCAGAUAGUGGAGAUUGUGAAGCUGUGAAUACAGGACAGACGGAGACCCAAUAUAGUUCACCUGCGCACAAAACAGCCAAUGUGAAGGAUGACACAACCCCACCUGAGGAGGAGCCACAGACGGAGAGUUGGCCUCCCUCCACCGGCGGUAAUUCCUGUAACCAGCAACCACUGGAUCUCUCCAACACAGUCAAAAGCAGUGAAGACGUAGCUUCAGCCGAUUCGGCGCUGGAUUUGAGUUUCCAAAAAACAAAUCAUGGGGAAUCUGAACUGAUGUUAAAUUUUGUUUCACAUGCAGUUUUAACAGAAGGAAAAUCAAUUGAAGGCAUGAUGGGAAUGACCUUAAUCGAUAGUUUAGAGCAAAAUAUAAGCUUCAUGAAUCCCGACACCUCCUUACUGACAGACUUCACCAUACUUACAAGUCAAGAUAUGAUGAGCCCAAUGCAGUCUAUGGCAGAAGGGCUUGUUUAUGGUCUUGCACUUCCCUCCAAUUCCCUGACUCCAUCACCCUCCCUAACCCCGCUCUCCUUGCAGCCAUCUUCACCGUGCACCAUAGCAUUCACCACCCAUGCUUCACACACGGGGCUCUCCACUGCUCCUUCAUUAAUCACAGUGUUGGCACCGUCACAUAUUUCAAACCAACCAAUCCAGGUAUUAGCCCCCGAUAUAUCACAGGUAACCUGCACGGAAAAUGCAUUACAUUUUUCAGAGUGUGAUUUAACUACUGCAUUUGCCACUUCAAAUGCUGCCGACCCUGUCACUCUCUCCCAACCUUUUCACCCGACUCUAAAUCUACCUAGCCACAUGUUUCUCUCUGAUCAAAUAACACUCAAUCCGCCUAUAUUGGAGUCCACUCCUACGUCAGAAGGGCAAUUCACACCCACUGUAACUUUCAAUGAUUCCCUCAUCAACUCGUAUAACCUAACCAGCAACACGGUGUUGAUAGAGUGCACAAUAGCUCUUGAAGCCCCGGGGAGUAUAGUCCCUGCUGCAGUCACCUUACAAGGAAACACUGCUGAGCCUCCAGCACCUACACAGAUGGUUGUUAAUCACGUCGAACAGGAGCAGAUUGUAUCAGUGCCCAACCCGCAAACUGAAGACUAUUCUAUUCUGAUGUCAUCCAUCGCAGAAUCAGUUACUCUAUCCACCACUGCCGCCUCAGUGCUAUCUGAUUGUCCUGCGCCAGUUGGUGAAUCAGGUCCUGACCCAGAGCUUGUUGUUAACGCGGAGCCAUCGACCAUCAAAGAGGAAGAAGCUGCUGACGGCACUGUUUCCGCCCCUGAAACCCCAUCUAAAACCUCGCCUUCUUCUGAGAAAGCCGAAGAGGAGGACGCCUCAACAACUCCCAGCGAUGCCCAACAGCAGACUUUCACCAAGAAUUUCAUCUGCAACGUGUGCGAUAAGCUUUUCCAUUCAAUGAAAGAACUGGGCCAUCAUGUAGGUGACCACGCUGAUGAAUGGCCCUACAAAUGUGAGUUCUGCGUGCUGCUGUUCAGCAAACCCUCCGCUUUGCUCGAUCAUCGGUCAAGCCUCCACGGGGUGGGCAAGACUUAUGUUUGCAGUGCAUGCACGAAGGAAUUUGUCUACCUUUGCAAUCUAAAACAGCAUCAGGAAGAAUUACAUCCCGGACAGCAGUGUACAUACACAGAAGAGGAAAAGGGAAAACUAAGACCUCAGAACUUCAAUAACUUAACAAAAGUCACCACGGAGACCUCAGUGCCCGACGCUGCAGAGGAACUGAAGGUGAAAAAGGAAGAAGGGGAAGUAGAUGAGGCUGCUGAAGAACUGUUAACAACUAUAAAAAUCCUGGCCUCAGAUGGAGCCAAACUCAAAGGGCCGGAUGUUCGUCUUGGCAUCAACCAACAUUACCCCAGCUAUAAGCCCCCUCCGUUUCCCUACCAUAACAGGUCCACCACGGGCACCUUAGCUUCAGCCACAAACUUCACCACCCACAACAUCCCACAAACCUUCAGCACGGCCAUUCGAUGCACCAAGUGUGGGAAGAGCUUUGAUAACAUGCCAGAGUUACAUAAGCACAUCCUGACUUGUGCGAAUGCCAGCGAUAAAAGGCGAUACACCCCCAAAAGGAAUCCCAUCCCACUACGCCACUUUGCAAAAACUCAAAAUGGAGUUCUAUCUACCACUAACUCCACUAACGGACUAAAUGCGUCGAACAGACCCAGCCAUUCAAACAGGUCCAAACCUAACCAAGAUUCAGCAGUAAAUGUGAAGUUCAAGGUCAUGAGCAAGAGGAAGAAAAAGUUGGUCCAAAGGGUCAUGCCACAGAGGAACAAGUCAGUCCCUUCAUCGAAUAAAAUGUCACCCGCACAUGUGGAUGAGCAGCAGGAGAUCUUCGUCUGCCCGCACUGCAGCAGGGAGUUCACAAUGCGCCGCAGCAGAACCAAACACAUGGCCGUCUGCCCCAAGAAACCCAAAGAGGUGAAGAAAAGGAAAGAAGGAGGCAUCUCUGUGACGAAGGAGAAUGAUGGACACCUGCACAGAGGAGCUGAAGAGACACAACAAUCCUCACCUCUGCAUAAAACCAGACUGCAGACUUCUAGCCCCGCUAAAAGACCCGCCAUCCUACCAGUGCAAACCGUCCUGUCAAACAAAAGAAGUAAAAUAAUUAUCAAAGAGAGCACACAGCUGAAACAAGACACGCCCACUCUGAGUGAACUUCCCAUCGUUCGCACUUUUAACCCCUCUAUGCGACAGUAUAGCCGAAUGCAGCACAAAGGGAUGCCCAUUAAGAUCACCAUAGUGAAACCACAGCAGGCUGCAGCGCAGAGGGAGGAGCGGCCCCCCACCCCGGGCCCAGAGGACAGCAGCAGCUCUGAGCACAGUCCAGCAGUCUGAAGGGGAUCCUCAGCUGCUCAUACAGGAGAGAACUGCUCCCCAUCACACUGUAAAGCUCAUGGACCCAGGUUGCAUCAUACUGUACAAUAAAUGACUGAUUUGAGGACGGAUAAAACGGACGACUUAGCGGUGCAGUGAGUGGAUGUAUUUAACUGAGAAUCUGAAGGCUUUUCUAGUCGCUCUGAGUUUUGUAGAGUUCUCCUUCAGUUCGUAAACUUUCUGUCAACCGCUUGGAUUUGCACUUUGAAGUUAGUCUCACUGCUACGUGUCACAAAUUGGAAAGGAAGUGGGACGACGUGAGGCUGGAAGGAUGCUCUCAUUUCCUACUUUCUGGGUUCUUUAGAGAGGAUGGCAGGUGGCAAUCAUUCUCAGCAUGCAUUUGCACUUUUCCUUAUCUGUCUUCUGUGGCCUUUUGGUUUGAACUCUUUCUGCAUGCUGCAAGCUUAUACUACAGCUGUUCUCAUUCAGGAGGGAUUAUGUUGAUGCAAUUAGGCCUUACACACGGAAUCUGAUGUUGAUUAAAAUGAAUCGGUGUAAGUAUAUAAUAAUAAUAAUAAUAAUAAUAAUAGUAUAUAAAAGACACAUCAAGAUUACUUCUAAUACAACAGAAUCAUAUAAAAGUAGGACUCUAUAGUUCAGUGUAAUAAUGGCCUUUAGCUACCUAUACACAUUUUUGUUAGAGAUAUCAGCAACAUUAACUACAAUUAUGAAAGUCAGUGUUUUAAAUGUUGUAAAUGUAACCUGGUAGAUUGAAUGCUACCGUCAUUGCAAAUCCAAAAGAAAGUAAAGUAUCUGGUCGGCAUGUGAUUCAAUGUGAGUUAGAGAAUAGUGCUCCAUGUGCCCUACAAUAUGACUAACUGCGGCAUAAGGGGGAUAAACAUAGCUCCACAUGUGGAAUCUAUUUUGGUUGGCAAUCGAAUUUGUCUAAAAAAAAUCUUUGCGGAGUAAGAUCGAAACAAAAUACAUCAUGUUUUACAAAACGGUUUUCCUACGAAACCUCUCUUGUUUGAUUUUCGGGGUUAUAUGCCACAAUAAAUAUAUUCUUUUGGGAAACAGUUUGAUGCGUUGGCACUGCAAUUCAAAACAAAAGCACUGUAUAAUUUGUACAGCUUGGAUGCGUCAUAGCCACUAUUACAAUAGCUAAGUUAAUUUCUAAACAACACUGACUGAUAUUUAACUCCAGUGCUUUGUCUUUGCUUCAUUACUUUCAGAAUUCUAUUGACUACUAUAUAUAUUUACAGUCUGCUUGUAGGUUUUUCUCCUGCACCAGUUUCACAAAAUCACUGUCAGAAUGAUCUGUGUUCCCCCCCCCCUCCCCCCCCCCCACUAACUAUACAUCUUCAUUAGAUUAGAAAUACUGUCUGUUUUCUUCAUUGCUUAUAAUCUGCUGUCAACAGUUUAUUGUGUGAAGUGUAGUUAAUUACAUGUAGAAAUCACAACAUGGAAAUGUGAGAUCAGUGGUUGGGUAUUUUUAGCUGGAACACCUACUGUAUACACAUGGAAAUGUCAUGGAGUGAGUGCAAUGAGUUGUAUCUGUUGAAUUACAUUUUGUAUAAACUAUUAGUUUGAAGAUUCAGUGCUAUACAGGGUAAUAAUUUAAUCAUCAUGAACUGAUUUAUUUUUAUUUAGGCAAACUAAAGCUUGACAAUAUCUUGUAUCUGAGAGAUCUCUAUUUUAAAUAUUUGCCUUUUCAAACGUUAUAGCUCCUUCAGUGUGUUGGAUGUACAGGGCGGUUUUUGAGACUGUUAUUUAACUGUGAAAAGUGCUUGUAGCAUUUCAAAGUGUUAAUUGAGUCAUGUUUAUUUAUUAAUAAUUUAAAAUCACGUUGUCAAUAUCUGAACAGUCCUCUGUAUGAUUUGCACUAAAGUUUUUUCAAGCGAGUGUUAAAAAUAAAUGGAGAAUGUUAAGAUUAAGUGAA